GGAUGAUCGUGUAACAACUUAUGGCGUACCUUACGAAAGAGCAUAUUCAACAAUUUCAAGAAAAAGGAUACACUGUUCUUUUGGAUGCCUUAACAAAGGAGGAAUUGGCUCUACUGCACGAAGAGUCAGAUGUUCUUUUAAACCACUUGUUAAAUGAAGGAUACGAUAUCGUUAAACAUCUCGGGUGUAUAGUAGAGCCUUGGACUUGUGGAUUUUUAGAAUAUGAAAAUGAAGAGUAUAAAACGACAGCUCAGUCUUAUAAAGAAAUACGUGAUACGAUUCUGUGGGAUAACGCAUUUCCAGGCAGUGCUUCUGAUUUGAUUCUCAAGAAGUAUGGCGGGUUUGCUUCUCAAUUGUUGGCAAGUCAAAGGGUCUAUCUUUUGAAUGAGCAGUUUAUCAUCAAGCCUCCUUUCACUUUGGGUCAGUCACAAUUUGUUUGGCAUAAGGAUUCGGACUAUUACGAUGAUGUAAGGCAUAGAAAGGAGUGGACAGUGGCUUGCUGGACAGCAUUGGAUGAUGUUGGCGCAAGCAAUGGUACAGUCGAACUGAAAGACUUUCAAGGCGGGGAAAGGAUGUUGGAAGCACCGGCAGGGAGUAUUCUGUUCAUGUCAAGCCAACUACUCCACAAAAGUGAAGGGAAUGGAAGUGCAGCCUUUCGUCGAGCAUUUAUGACACAAUUUUCAACGAAACCUCUCCUUCAUUAUGGCAGAGACCAUUUACCAUUGGCCGCUCAAUGUGUUGGUUUGGCGGUGCCAUGCGACACUGCAUCCUAGAUAGAGCCUACUACUUUUUUUCUUUACAAAGUAGCGUGUAGGAAGGGGUGCGCGACAGACAAUGGGAUGAGAGCGUACUUAUUAAACAAUCAAACGAGCCAAUGAACCCCCUCUCCUAAAGGCGAGCUGUUUCAGUAAAGCAUCAUUGUGUGUUUUUUCUCUUACAAACACUAGACAAACUGCAAUAAAUGGG